UGGCAAUUUGCAAUAGGCAAUACGCAAUUGGCAUAGGCCAAUUUUCUUUUUCAAAAAAUUCUUUUGCCCAAUCAUUUGUGUGCAUCGGGAAAUUGCAUGAGGAAUCAGCGGUGUUGAAUCAACACCCAUGAGCAAUCAGAGGGUUGAAAUUGGAUUUGUGAAUUUGUUCAUCAUCAUGUAAGAGAGAGACACCCCAGUACGUUUCUCUCUCAGAGAGGAGUUCGUGUUUGUGUCUAUGUUUUUGUGUAAUUUCGUUGACGUCAAAACCUCAAACCCAUCGAGUGCAUCGGAACCCACCUUUGCAAUUUGCUUUGCUUUGCCCCCAUCGCCCAACUCUCGCAUCGGAUUUCGUUGUUGCGGUUCCUGCAUCACUCUUUGAUCUUGCUUUUGAUCUCUGGGAGUGACAAGAGGGUCGCUUACGGAGUUAUGUCAUCAUCUUAUCCAGUUCUUUCUAAGCCAUUUGAAGACAAGUAUCCCAAAUUGCCUCUUUCUUUUCAGGGCUCCUCACAAAGUGAAGCCAUGAGGCAUCCAAUCCCCAGACAGGCCCCUCCAUUAGUUUCUAACAGUGGCACUGUUGGUCAUUUGUUUUCAUCAUCCUCUGGAUUUCGAAACGAUUUUCCAUUGAUGCAACCUUUGUCUCAAGAGAGAAAUGCCCAGUUUUCUCCGUUUAUUUCUCGGUCUGCUAAUGACGGGUCGUUGUUGCCUUCUCAUGGUUCUUCCCAUUCAGAAGUACAAUCCACAAUGGUGACUGGUAACUUGAAUGAAAACAGUGCAUCUUGGAGUACAGAUACACUUCAGGAUUUACUUGAUUUUUCUGAGAACAUUCCUGACCAGAAUGGUCAAGAUCAAAACGUGGCCAGUGUCCUAAUGUCGGAUGACCAAGCGAAGAGGAAUGAUUGGCCCGAUUGGGCCGAUCAAUUUAUUUCUGUUGAUGAUGCUUUGGAGCCAAAUUGGAGUGAAAUUUUUUCUGAUGCUAAUGCAGGAGAUCCUAAACCUGAGGUAUUAAAAUCUUCAUCAGCUAAUUUCAAUGCUCCACCGAACCAAACGAAUCAAGUUGACUCUUUACCUACAGUAGAGUUUCAUUCUGUUUCUAAUUCACUCUCAACAUCAACCCGACCUCGGAUGCGAUGGACUCCAGAGCUUCAUGAGGCAUUUGUAGAAGCGGUCAAUAAACUUGGUGGCAGUGAAAAUGCUACUCCUAAGGGUGUCUUAAAGCUCAUGAAUGUCGAAGGCCUCACCAUUUAUCAUGUGAAAAGCCACUUACAGAAAUAUAGAACCGCCAGAUAUAAACCGGAGUCAUCAGAAGGAUCUUCAGGGAAAAAAAUAAAUCAUAUUGAGGAAAUGAAAACUCUCGACUUAAAAACGAGUAUGGGGAUAACUGAAGCUUUGCGUUUGCAAAUGGAGGUUCAGAAGCGGCUCCACGAACAACUUGAGAUUCAAAGGAAUUUGCAGUUAAGAAUUGAAGAACAAGGUAAGUAUCUACAGGAGAUGUUCGAGCAACAGAGAAAGAUGGAAAACAAGCUGAAGACCUCAUCGUCAAUCCUAGAAAAUAUGCCUUGUGCUGAUGACCAACCCAAAAACUUAGAACAAGGUCAUGAUGCAGCUGGUAUGAGCACGGAGAAUGCCGAGGACGCUCGAGAAGAUGGUCUGCUUGCUGCAAGUAGGAAGCAUAAAGGACAUGAAGGUGAAGAAGUUGAACCGGAUGAAGGCAACUCUUCUCCGGACGCAAAACGGGCUAAAUCAGAUGCAACAGUUUUAUAGCUAGACGUCUCGGAGCAGAGAUGUUCAUUGAUGGCUCUCUGAUAGCAGGGAGAAUACGAGGGUAUUACAAUGCUUGCAGUUGGCUUCUUCCUUUGUUAAGUUGGGAAGUCAUGGCCAACUGACAUAUAGGAGCUCUCUCAACUAAUUGUGUAUAAGAUGAUUGGCUUUAAUGGGUUAUGGUCUUCACACUCUCUUCAUUUUAUGUAUAAUCUAGAUGGCAUUGCUUCUUUCCUUCAUGGGUUGAGUUUGACUUGCUGUCGUACUUCGGACCAAAUAUUGUUGUUUUUCGCAUUGUCAAGGAAAUAAAUAGUUGUAAUUAUGAAAAGUAUAUGGUUAGACAAUUAGUUUUA